AUGAUACAUAGUCUGUUUAUUAUCAACUCGUCAGGAGACGUGUUCAUGGAGAAACAUUGGAAAAGUGCCGUCGCACGAUCGCUCUGCGACUACUUCUUCGAUCAACAGCGAAGAGUUCUGUCUCCCGAAGACACACCGCCAGUAAUAGCCACUCCUCAUCACUAUCUCAUCAGCAUAUAUCGUUGUAACAUGUUUUUCGUCGCCGUAUGCAUGACAGAAGUUCCACCACUGUUCGUGAUAGAAUUUCUGCACAGAGUGGUGGACACUUUUGAAGAUUACUUCAGCGAGUGUACAGAAACUAUCAUAAAGGAGAACUACGUGGUAGUCUACGAACUACUGGACGAGAUGCUGGACAAUGGUUUCCCAUUAGCCACCGAAUCGAACAUUUUGAAGGAACUCAUUAAACCACCAAAUAUCUUGAGAACCAUCGCAAAUACCGUAACAGGGAAAUCCAAUGUCAGCGCGACGCUGCCAAGUGGACAAUUGUCUAACGUUCCUUGGAGGAGGACCGGUGUGAAAUACACGAAUAACGAAGCAUACUUUGACGUCGUGGAAGAAGUGGACGCGAUCAUCGAUAGGACUGGCGCGACCGUGUUCGCCGAGAUCCAGGGAUACAUCGAUUGUUGUAUAAAGUUGAGCGGUAUGCCCGAUUUAACGCUUUCGUUCAUGAACCCCAGACUGUUCGACGACGUCAGUUUUCAUCCUUGCGUCCGAUUCAAAAGAUGGGAGUCCGAGCGAAUACUGUCCUUCAUUCCGCCAGAUGGUAAUUUCCGUCUUCUCUCUUAUCACAUAGGUUCACAAAGUAUCGUAGCAAUUCCGAUAUACGUGAGGCACAACAUCAGUCUGAAAGAACCAGGAGGCGGACGACUGGACAUAACUGUGGGACCGAAACAGACCGUUGGGAGAACCGUAGAAAAUGUCACGUUAGAAAUUCCUAUGCCGAAAAUAGUAUUGAAUUGUACGCUCACUCCGAACCAGGGAAAAUACUCGUUCGAUCCCGUCAGCAAAAUAUUAUUAUGGGACAUUGGACGGAUAGACGUUUCGAAAUUACCGAACUUGCGAGGCUCGAUCACGAUACAGAAUUCCGCGAGCGUGACAGAGUCUAAUCCUGCGAUUAACGUUCAUUUUACGAUCAAUCAAUUGGCGGUUUCCGGUUUAAAAGUGAAUCGGCUGGACAUGUACGGGGAGAAGUACAAACCGUUUAAAGGUGUCAAGUAUAUUACGAAAGCCGGGAAAUUCCAAAUCCGAAUGUGAAAUUGCGAAACGAUGAGAGAUGUAUAUUCCAUAUGUUAAAUCGAUGGCCAAGUGCUGCGAUCUCGACAGCGUGAGGGCGUAUAAAUUCGUUUUACAAAGCGUUUAACAAAUAAUUAUGAUACAGGUCGGUGACACAGCCUCUUGGCUUCGAGAUCUUCCCACGUCGGAUGCGUCACAUGUGUAAAUAAACGUUCCAUGUUGGUCGCAUAUACGGUAUGAUUGCUAACAAGAUUUUUAUAAAUCUGUUUGUGAAAUAAAACUUGUAUUAAAAAUCAA